AAAGAGGCGGCAAGAUGGCGGCCAUGUGGUCGUGAAACCGGCUCAAAAGAAAUUCGUUUACAAAUCAAACGUACACAUUUAACAAUAUUAUUACCAGGUGAUACUGUCAGUUUGAGGUAAGUUGUGUAGAGGAUGGAGAAGGACAAAAAGGGACAGAAUGAAAAAGAUGCUGCACCAAGUACAUCAGGCUCAGCAAAAAAGAGGAGAAAGUCUGUAGAAGUUGAGCCGAGGACACCACUGAAGAGGCAGAGGGUGCCAGUACAGAGAUUUCAGUCUCCGACAGAGGAACUUUUACCAGUGGUAAAGGCAAAAACACCCAAGAAUGAAGUGGAGCUUGUUUACAAAAAGGGUGUCUUUCUUGCUGUCAGAGGAGAUUCAGGAAGUUUUUACUUGUGCAGGACCCAACAGAAUGUAUUUCAGAACACAAAACAUUUUAAAAUCCAGUGGUUAGAUAAGGAUGAAAAAACUCAAGUGUACAAGUUCGAUUUUCUGGAUCACACUGAAAUUGAGUGCGUCCUGACCAAUGUGAGGAUGGAACGGGUAGCCAGGGAAACUUACCAGCUUCCUGAUUCAGAGAAGGCAAGAAUUGAACUGAUUUUAUCUAAAGCAUUGAAGAAAGAGAAAGGCGAGCCUUAUGAAGAUCUUGUGAUAGACACAGAGGAGGAAAUCAGCAAUGAAGAAGAUUUGGAAGAUGAUGAACCAGUGCCAAAGAAAGGGAAAGCCAAAAAGAGUAUAACAGUUGCUUUGAAAGAAGGUAAAAAUGGGAAGAAACAGCAGUCAUCUAGGGGAAGAUCAAGAAAGAAAGAGCCUAAAGAAGUGAAGAAGGAGAAGAAAACUUCCCCAGGGAAGAAGAGAGGACCUGACAGAAACUUACUGCCAAAUCCCAAAAUCAAAAUUCUAGAGAAAGAUCCUCUGUUUGAAACAAAGGAUCAUGUUCCUUUCAUCUCUAGGAGAGCUCACCAGCGCCUUAUUUUCCGAGCAGUAUAUCAAAAUGACAUGGAUCUCCUCAAACAGUUACUUGAUGAUGAUCAACACAUACAGGAUAUUGAUAGACACAGAUCAAUUGUGGACUGUCGGUCACCUCUACAUGUGGCCUUGGAGAAGAACAACGUUGAGGCAGUGAAGUUAAUUUUUAAGGACAGAACUCAGAAUCAGAGCAAACGUCUUCAGACUCCAUCUUCACCAGUUCUUUUGUCUGCUAUUGACACUGGAAGAUACAAUCAAACCUCUCUAGGAGUCAGGGCAGUUCUGAAACUCAACACAGCUCGUGGUAACAAAGAGGGCAAUAAAGCAUUUUUGAAGGAUACAAAUGAAUGUGAUACAGAUGUUAUCCAACAUUGUCUAUUAGCUGGUGUUAAAAAAGAAACAUUAGAUGCAUACUUGAAAGAGGCCAAGGAUGAGUACUUGAGAACCAGCGUACAUGAAAAUAUUCACUAUGCUGUUAGUCGAGGACAUCUGGAGCUUUCUGCAAAGCUGAUGGACGAUGCCUUCAAAAAUGGGGGAUAUGGAUUUAAUUUUCUCCACAGAGAUGUUCUGAAUUUUACAACUGAAGACCUCAAACCAUUUCAAAGUGCAUCUGUAAGGAAAAAGCCACUUGACAAUGCUAUGAUGACCCCAAUGCACUGUGCCUGUAUAAAUCCAAAUGUCAAAUACCUGGAAAAACUUUUGGCUGUUGAACCUGACUAUACCAUUGAAGACAAGUAUGGUAGGAGACCUGUUCAUUUUGCUGCAGCUUGUCAGGGAACAGGGCCUCUGGAGCUGCUUUUAAAGAAAGGAGCCACCCCUAAUGAUGUGACAAGAAGAAAGGUUACUCCCUUACAUUUUGCCUGUUAUGCAGGUCGGGCUGAGAAUGCUGACAUUCUCAUUGAAAAAGCAAAAUCAAUGAAUACUGAUGACCAGUUGACCUCUAAAUGGGGAGAAGGAGGAGUGGACAGACCUACCUGGGAAACUAUUUGUCCUAUACACAUAGCUGUACAAAAUGGGGAUAUGAAACUUCUCAAUGUUCUUUUGAAACAUGGAGCUAAUGUCAACAAGGCACUGUCUGCUGGCAAGGACAAGUUAACUCCCUUGAUGCUAGCUGCAGCUCAUGGACAUCUUGAUAUUGCAAGACGACUCAUUCAGAUGGGAGCCACUGUGGAACAACUAGACAAAUUCAAACGGUCAGCCCUAACUCAUGCAGUCAUGAAUGGGAAUGCGAAUGUGGCAUCGUAUUUGUUGUAUUUGGGGGCUGAUCCCAACAGAGUUGACAGCUCUGGUAAUUCUCUGGUACAUUAUGCUGCAGCUUAUGGGUGGUACUUUGUUCUUAAAUUGCUGGUCAAUGAAGGUGGAGCGAAACCCAGUGUGGCAAACGAUUGGCAGCUUACACCAGUAGGUGUGGCCUUUUUGAAAGAUCACAUGGGGUUGGUGGAUUUCUUACUGAAGAUGCCUGGAGUGGAUGUGAAUUUCAAAAUUGACACAGGUCAGACUCUGAUCAGUAUAGCUUGCAGCAGUCAAAUUGUAAAGGGACUUGUGGAACAGAUGUCUUUCAUUUUGGAUAAAGGAGCAGAUCCCACAAUUGUUGACGUCGAUGGGUUUAAUGCUUUGCAUCAUUUGAGUAAUAAUACGGUUUUGAAGGAUGAUUCACGGAUGGAUAUUACCAUAAGCAUAGCUAAGCUGCUGAUAAAAGCAGGUUGUAGUCCAAAGGCAAAAACCAAAACUGGACAAACUCCUAUCAUGCUGGCACUUACAAAGGUCAACACAAAACUUGUGAAAUUUUUGAUAGAGGAGGGAGGAGCUAUCACACCUGAGAAAAAUGACAAGGGACAAAACUCUCUGCACUUGUUGACAACACACUGUACUUCUUAUGAACUAGCAUCACUCCUGAGAACUUUUCAUAAAGAGGCAUCUAAAAAUGAUGUGAAAGAAAAUGGUAUUGAAGAAAGUAUGGACGUCGAUGGUGUCAAAAAUGCCCAAACAGCCAAAAUUCCUUCUCUGAAGAAACAAGCCUCUUUCCAAUCAGCUGUUAGUGUGCUUCAGCAGAUGGCUAAUGAUUAUGAUGAUCAGGGGUUCACUCCCCUUCUGUUGGCAUGUGAAAUGUACAUGCAAUUUCGAAGAGGAGGAUCCUUAUUUAAUAAACAAGAAAGUUGUGGUGACCAGUAUUGUUUGGAUUAUAUAAAGACACUUAUUGAGAUAACAAGGGUAAACUGUAACCAGUGUGUGAAAGAAAAGGAGAAAGGCAGAUGUGGACUGUACACUCCAGUUCACUUUAUGGUCCAGGCAGCUGCAGCAUGGGACAAUGAGGGAAAAGGCUUAAAAUUUUUCGUCACACAGAAGCCAAACCUAGAGAGUGCUGAGAGUGAGGGGAAAACACCGCUUGCUCUGGCUGUGACUAAGAAUUCACUAGAAAUAGCUAAAAUGCUGAUAGAAGCUGGGGCCAAAACAGAUGUUGGUUAUUUUGUGAAUAAAGAGAAAGGAACCAAAGUGAGCCUUGUAAACACAAUAGCACUAAAUGGAACAGAUGAAAUGCUGAAACUAAUCUUGGCAGCUUUAAAUGACAUUUCAACCUGUCGAAACACAGAAACCAUGAGAACACCAUUACAUGAAGUAGCACUCAGGACAGGAUCUUCAGGUGCCUUAUUAUCACAGAAGAUCAACAUAGCUGAAGCUCUCUUAAAGGCCGGAGCAGCAGUAAAUGCCACGGACAAAUGGAACAGAACCCCGAUGCAUUACUGUGUCAGCAGCAACCUAGGAACAGCUGAUGCCAGCACAGCUAUGGAGGAACUUCUCAUUGACAACAAAGCAGAUCUCUUUCUAAAGUGUAGUUUGAAUAGAAUCCCAUUACACUACUUAUUUGACAAAGUUGACAGAUUUGGCAAGUCCUCAACUUUGGACCCAAUAGAACUGUGUACAGUGCUGACCAGUGCCAUGAAAGGGGAACAUGUUGAUGAUGCAGAUAAAAACGGGCAGUCAGCUCUUCAUUUAGCAGCACAAAGGGGAGCCACAAUCUGCUGUAUCCAUCUCCUUCAGCAGAGAAAUGUGGAAAUAAACAGGAAAGAUAUCAAUGGUAACACCCCAUUGAGUUUAGCUGUUAGCAAAGGUCAUGAUAGUUGUGCAAUAAUGUUGAUCCAGAAGGGAGCAAGUGUGAAUGAGAAGGUAAUACACGAGGCCCUGAAGUUUGAGGAUACGGAGACCAAACCCCCAGAGCCUCACAACUGGGUGUGGAAGCAUGCCAAACAAGUAGAAGUUGUAGAGAAAAAGGAAUUCUCAGUAUUUCAGGACUGUAUUAAAAAAGAGCAGCAGGGAGUGGCCUACAUGGUUCUGGAAGCAGGUGAUAUUAAUGCCUCUAUGGUCGAGGCAGCCCUGAGGGUGAAUAAAUUCAAUGUGGCAAUGAGGGUGCUGAAAAGGAUCAAGGACAACAGUAAAGUUCACAUGCUGAAUGAGAAAAAACAGAAUUUGUUCCACAUUCUGGCUCUCUGUGAUAUCACACCCAAUGAGGUGGAGUCACAGUACCAGAUGGCAGAAGCUUUGAAGGCGCGUGGAGUGUCACUCAGUCAGGCUGAUGAAAAUGGUUGUGUUCCUCUACAUUAUGCAGCAUUAAAGCACCAACCAUAUAAUCUAGCCAAAUUCUACAUAGAAAAUGACAAAACCUUUGAACCAAACAAGAAAGACAAGUUUGAUAGGACAGUACUGGCAGCAUAUUUCUGGGGCUUUGAUUUCACAAAAGCCUUAUCAAGUGAAAGCGAAAAAUGGCUGAAACUAUUAAGUGAUAGAGGAGCUAGUUUGGACUUUUUAUGUGAUUUCCCAAUGCCUGAUUAUCCAAGUUUUGAUGUCAUAUCAAAAGACACUCCUAACUACUUGACCACUGCCAGCUCAUAUAGAAUCUCACCCCUAAUUCAAGCCAUCAGUGGCUUUCACUUUGAACUGAGCAAGUACUUGCUGAAGCAUGGAGCCUCGGCUAACUUUGCUGACAGUCAGGGAAUCACACCAAUGAUGCAUGCAGUGAAAAAGAAUGAUGUCAAUCUUGUUAAAUUGCUGCUUAAUAAUUCCUACUGUCAUGAUGGGGAAACGAGUAAUAGCCCCCAAGUAGGAAAAGUUCCCUUCUCUCUGUCAAAACAACACUCGCGCCAUGUCUUCCAGAUCAGACCAAUCGAUGAUGAUGUAUCAUCUGAGAAAGAAGAAAGUGAGGAGGAGGAAAAUGAGCCAUUUGAAUCUGAGAAAGAGGAAAGUGAUCAGGAGCAAAAUGAAAAUGAGGAUGAAGUUGAGAACUCGGACCACAGUGAUGAGGAUGAGGACAGUGAUAGAGAUACAGACAUCUUAGAGGAGGAGGAGGAAGAAGAAGAGGAGGAGGUGCCAGAGAGGUUCCCCUCUAUCAUCAAAAUCACCUCAAAGGAGAAGUCUAUAAGCAAAGAAAAGAGUCAAACAGUUUCAGAAAAUGAAAAAUGGUGGGAAGCAAACAAAGAAAAGACAAUUACAAAAACGAGUGACGUUAAUGUGAAUGCUACUGACCAGCAGGGAUGGACAGCCGUGCAUCACACUGUGUGUCCACUGGAAGUGGGAACUUUUGAUAAUGUGGAAAUUCUGACUGUUCUUGCAAAAUGUGGAGCAGAAAUACAAAAGAAGGACCAUGCUGGGUUAUCUCCCUUGGAUCAUGCAUUGAUCCGUGGGGCAUGUAAAUUGGCAGCCGUUCUUCAGGAACUCUCUGGUGUCGAGAAGGACAAAAUGGAGAAACCAACCUUUGCAAGCAAUUCUGAAUUAAAUGACAAUCUGUUGAAAGCAGACAAGGUAGAUUAUCAUGCUGAUGCUGAAGCUCUUCUCAAAAAGUAUGCUGCAGAGGAUAUGGAGGUUGAUGGAAAGCUGGAGAAGAAAGUUUUACCAGACAGUUGCUGUGCCCUCAAGAAUGUAGGGGAGGUUGUUUAUGAUGAGUCUCAGGGAAUAGCUUAUGAUGCCUUGUUAUCCAAGGUGGAUGUUAGUCACGGAGCAUGGGGCAUGUACAACUUCUAUAGACUCCAGAUUGUGUAUCAGAAGGGAAUUGAUCUGUAUAUACUGUUCACACGCUGGGGUAGGAUAGGAGACUCGGGACAGUAUCAGCACACUCCAUUCCACUCUAAAGCUGAAGCUGUGACCGAAUUCUGCAAAGUCUUCAGAUCAAAGACAGGAAAUACAUGGGCCAGUGUCAAAAACUUUGAAAAUCAUCCCAAGAAGUACAGAUUAGUCCAGAGGGAACAAAAACAAACUAAAGCUCGGAAAGUUGAAUUCUGUCUCAAGUCUGAUAUUCCUUCCAAAUUGCCAAAACCUUUACAGGAUCUUAUGAAGGAAUUGUCCAGUGUCAGUAUGUUGAAUGCUGCUACAAAGAAGAUUGGUUUAGAUGAUUUGAUUAUGCCUUUUGGUCAAAUCAAGAAAGAAACAUUACUAGAGGGAAAGAAGAUUCUCCUGCAGAUAGGGGAGGCUCUGAAGAGAAUAGCUGAAAAAGAACGUUUAGGGUCCAGUUCUCAGGAAGAGGAAGAGAAAGAGAGGAUUGAAAUUGGUAGACUUUCAAAUGAAUACUACCACCUGGUUCCUAUGAAUGGUUAUGCUUUUGAUAAAGUCAGUCCCAUUAUGGAUGGCGAUGAAUUAAAAGAAAAGUUAGAAGUUAUUCAUCAUUUACUUGAGCUGGAGUGUGCCAGUAAAAUAUUAAUGGGGGCCCAGGCCAGAUUAAAAGAUAUAAAUCCUCUAGACUAUGUGUAUCAAGCCAUUGGAUGUGGUAUAUCUCUAAUAGAAGAAGAGAGUGCUGAAGCUCAGUAUAUACUCAAGUACAUUUACAGUUCAUGUCACAAGACUCAAAUUCAAGCAAUCUAUAAAAUCUGCCGUCCAGGGGAGGAAGAGAAAAUUAGAAAUCUUAACAUUGAAAACCACAAGUUGCUCUGGCAUGGCAGUAACACGGCAAACUUUAUAAGUAUUUUACACCGAGGCCUACUGGUGGCACCCACAGGAAUUCCUAUCACUGGACAUUUAUUUGGAGAAGGAAUUUACUCUGCAGAUGCAUUUGCCAAAAGUGUGAAUUACUGCUACAAUAUCAGCAAGGAUUCUAAUGUAAAGUUUGCUGUACUAUGUGAGGUAGCUCUUGGAAAAUCGCAGACGAAGAAACAAGAUACCAGCUUUUUUGAUAGCGAGUUGAAGGAUACAGACUUUAAAAGUCGUUUUGUAGAUGGAAGUAAGCAACCAGAUGAAGACUUUACAGUGGCCAUGCCAGGAGGUUACAGCAUCCCUCUUGGUAUGGUGAGUGAGAAGAAGAACGAGAGGCCUAGUUUCUACUUCAGACCUGAGUACAAUGAGUACAUAGUAGAGGACCAUAGACAGGUGUGUCUGAAGUAUCUGGUACAGUUUACCCAGGCCAGUCCCAGAUAACGCACACAUCACCGUCAACUUGGUACUACCGCAGAACAAGUGCACAGGAUGUUGUUUGGUGUCCAUACACAAAAUUUAACAUUAUAUGCUCACACUUAUCAGGUAUAAACAUGUAUAAUUCACAACAGUGGUAGACAACAAUAUGGACAUUUAAAUGUAUAAUUUUUACAACAGUGAUAGACUGGGAAGAUUGACACAAGUUUUGUACCUGGGACUAUGUUAAUGUCUGUUCUGUAUACUAGUUGGUCAUCAACAAAAUCUGUGUAAAGGAGAACUGGAUGUUAUGUUAAUUAUCAUUUGACAUUAUCAUCUCUAGAUUGUUGUAGAUCCAAUACUACUGUUGUUGAUUAGAUCUGUGGACUUACUGCACUGUUGUUUGUGGUGUAAAAGUUUAGGUAGCUAAUGUUGUUCACUUAUUUAAAUCAUCAGCAUUUCAUGUUAUUGCAAGAUUUCUUUUUUAUGAAAAGGAUAUACUGCAUGUUCAGUUUGAUAAUGUUGCCCCAAAACCAUUUUAUUUAAAGGAUAAUGAAAUAACUGUAAAAAAAAAAAAAAUUGUUGAUAGACUGUUAUUGUAAAAUUCAUUUAGGAAGUACACAUGUCGAACUCUCAAGAAAUGAAUUGGUGUGCAAUCUCUUGUGACGUGUGGCAACAUCUUUAUCCAGCAGUAGUUCUAGAUGAUCAAAUUAUGAGAGAUUUUACUCUUGUCAUGCUUUUCUUUUCAGUAGAAAAUGAUGCAGACUUAUUCUAUAGGUUAAUAAGAAUUUUCAAUUUGAAUUCAUUUAUUUGUCAUUUACUUUGUACAUAGGUCAUAUCUAUUUGUUACUGUAGUAUUACUGUGUCAACAGAGUUACUUAUAUUUGUGGUUAGUCAGUGGUGAAUUUUAAUUUUUUUAAUUUUUUUUUUUUUUUUUUUUGAAAAAAGACAUCAAAGUAAAAGAUAAAGGAGAAAAAAAAAUGAAUUAUAAAGAUAAUAUACUGUCACUUCAAAAGUGCUAUUUUACAGAUAGAGAAAAAUAUUUGAUAUAUAAUUUUAUAUUUAUUGGAGAUUAUACAAUUGAAUCGUUGCAAAUUUUUGUUAUACAGUAUAUGGUACUGUGUCAACCAGUAUAUUAAACAACUAUUCAGUGAUUAGGAGAUUGAAUCUUCUACACUUAGAAUUUUUAACUUUACAUACAUACAUGUACAAGCACUAUUUUUUCGAUGUACUUACAUAUCAUGAGUAUUUGUGUAUAAAUUGAUUCUCUUGUCUUAAUGAUUUCUGUCAUGAAGACUUUGGUGUAGAAUUUGUAGUGGUUGUUGUAACACCAUCUUGGAGCAGUAUCUAAUGCAUUUCAUUUCUGUAUGCUUAACUAUAACAUCAUAACAAAUUGUAUUUUGAUAUAUCCUAAUAAAUCUGAAAGCUCCA